ACAGGAAAUUUCAAACAACAGGAAACUCUGGCCUAGUCUUCUUUGCUGCUCAAGACAAGCAGGGCACUCCACCCUGCUGCUGCCCAGACACCAAGGUCUCUCUUUGCUAGUGAGUGGCCCUGGGGAAUAGCACAGCCUGGUUUCCUUGUGGCCCUAGGUUUGCUCCCAGGCUGGGUGAUGAACCUCUCUUCUUGCCGCCAGCUGGUGGACCUCGGGUACCCGGACCUCAUCCUGCAGCAUUACAACUACACGGGACGCCUGGAGUUUCGGGGACCACCUGAAGAGGGCCUAGGCUGGCUCCGUACCCUCUUUGUGGCUGUCAGCUGUCUGAUCAUCCUGGAGAACCUGCUGGUGCUGGUGGCCAUCAUCAGUCACAUGCGCUCUCGCCGCUGGGUCUACUACUGCAUCGUCAACAUCACCCUGAGCGACCUCCUCACGGGGGUGGCCUACCUGAUCAACAUCGUCCUGUCCGGGAGACGGACUUUCCACCUGACCCCCACCCAGUGGUUCCUUCGGGAGGGGGCGCUCUUCAUGGCCCUGGCUGCGUCCACCUUCAGCCUUCUCUUCACUGCCGUGGAGCGGUUUGCCACCAUGAUGCGUCCCAUGGUGGCGCGUAGCGCCAGCAAGGUGGUCCGUGUGUACGGCUUCAUCAUCCUCUGCUGGUUCUUGGCUUUUCUGCUGGGUCUGCUGCCUCUGCUUGGCUGGAACUGCAUCUGUGACUUCUCCAAUUGCUCCAGCCUGUUGCCCCUUUACUCCAAGUGGUACAUCCUCUUCUGCGUGGUCAUCUUCAGCUUGAUUCUGGCCUCUAUCAUGCUGCUGUACGGCGCUAUCUUCCGUGUGGUGCGCACCAAUGGACAGAAGGUCCCGCGAGGCUACGCCCAUUGCAAGGCCCAGCGCCUGCUGCAGACGGUGCUGAUGAUCCUGGUGGCCUUCCUCCUCUGCUGGGGUCCGCUCUUUGGGCUGCUGUUGGCAGACAUCUUUGGCACCGCCGCCUGGGCCCAGGAGUACCUACGGGGUAUGGAUUGGAUCUUGACUCUGGCGGUGCUCAACUCGGCCAUCAACCCUCUCAUCUACUCCUUCCGCAGCCGGGAGGUGUGCCGGGCCGUGUUGAGAUUCCUGUGCUGUGGCUGUCUGAAGCUGGGUAUCCGAGGGCCCCGGGACUGCCUGGUCCGGGCAAUAGAGACCCAUUCCAUCUCUUCCACUGAAAGUUCCCUCCGGCCCCGGGACAGCCUUCGGACCUCCCGCUCUCUCAGCUUCCGGAUGCGUGAGCCUCUGUCCAGCGUGUCCAGUGUACGAAGUGUCUGAGCCUGCUGGAAUUCCCUGCCCCCAGCCUCCAGGCCCAAAUCCCUCCUCUUUGGCUCUUGUCUUCUGACCAUGGUCCCCCUAAGGGGGGGCAGGUUGGGGGUGGGGUUUUGUGCGCUUUGCUGUAUGAACUAUUGGCUGAGGUUCCAGGAAUUGUCCCCCCUUGCCUAGUUUCCUGCAAGAGAUUUUGGGCAAUGAUUUGGGGUAAGGGUCCUGGGCUUGAGGCCCUGAUGUCUUGGGCAAAGAGGAUGUUACACCAUACAGCCCAGCAGCCCCAGUGGGCACUGGCAGGAUGCCCAGGGCAAAGAUCUUCUACCUCUGGGUCUGAGGGAGUGGCUGCUUUGGUGGACUGAGGCUCUUUGCCUGCAGCUGCCUCCCCCUCCACACCCCUACAGAAACCCUACCUUUCUGUUCUGGUUCACUAGGAAGGGUUGGGUUCUUAGGAUGACCCUAGCCCCAUUCUUCCUCGGGUCAGGAUUGCUGAGGAGUGCAUGCAAUGCUGAGGCUGCUGGGCCAGGUGGAGUGGGCAGCUCACAGACUGAUGACUUGUUUUAGUAGGGACUUCAGAGAAGGUAGGGGGGCCACGGCCCUCAGUUAAGCUUCACAGGGAGCCUCGUGUACAUGGGCCAUGGAGAAUGGACUAAAUGGACUACAAUGGAAUCUGCAGAAUGAAUUGGAAAAGUGUGGGCAGGUAGGGGGAUUAGUCCUGGGAUAGGGUUUCACCUUAGGGACAUAUCUGUGCUGUUGCAUGUGCAUAAGGCACUAGACAUUUGUCUAGGUGUGUAGAUCUCAGAGCCAACAGAGUUCCUCUAUGUGAUAGCACAUACAGAGGUCAUCUUGUUCACCCCCUUGUCUCCAGGGCACUUAAAGUGUCCCUGAUGGAGGAGAUUGCUCACCCCUCUGUCUUCAGAAAUCUCUAGGGAAGGAGAUUUCAGUCUUCCUAUUACUUGAAGGUCUGAAUGUGGGCACAUGUGUAUCAGGACAUGUGUUAAGUGUGUGUGAAAGUUUGUUUUAAUUAAUUUCAUAGGAUCACAGGGUUCAGAGCUCUGUGGGACUUCAGAGAUACGAAGUGUAGAUGAUCAUGACCUGGGGCUUGUGAACCUGUUGUGUGUGGUUUUUUAAAAUUUCGAUAACUGCAUUUCAACAUAAUUGGCUUCCUCUGUAAUCCUAUCUCUUUUGUUUAUGCAUUUAAAAGCAUGAUUCUGAGAAAGGGUCCAUAGGCUUCAGCAGACUGCUGCCUAAAGGGGUUAAGUACACAAAGAAAGGUUAAGAGUGAUUGAUCUGGUCCAAUCCCCUUAUUUUACAGAUGAAGAAACUGAGGCCCAGAGAAGAAAAAAGCUUAUGUGUAACAGAGAGAGGGAAUAUAUGUAUAUGUAUAUGUAUACAUAUAUAUAUAUAUAUGUAUAUAUUAGAAUGUGAUUGUGUGUAUGGGGAUGGGUUUGAGGGAGGAAUUGAGUGACAGCCCUCCAAAUAACGGUUGAUCUUGGUGUUUUGGGUCAUUUUUUUUUAAACCAACUGCAGGCUCCUUCUCUCACUUCUCUUCAUCAACCUUCCCCCUUUCUGGUUCUGGGGGAUUUAUCUGAAAGUCCCAGCCCUGAGUCCCCUGGUUUGAGACCAUUUAGAAGGGUCAUUCUCUCUAUCUUCCAGUCUCUGAUACCUGUGCCUUCCCUCUUCCCCUACCCAUAGGCCCCUCCCUUCUUCUCACACUUACAUGUUAUUUUUCACAAAUUAAAGAGGAACUGUGAGCCACUGUCCAGUCAUUUCACGGAGGUAGCUGCCAUUUUCUGAGAUGUGGGGUGUAAGGCCCCACCCAUAACCAUUCUAGGUGGACAGUGAGCAUCUGGGGCAGUCAGGGCUGGAAGAUGGAAAGGGCAGAGCUCUGAGCCCUGGGCCAGGCCUGUCUGAGCCCAGAUGGCAGCACCGGGCCCUCUCUCUGCCCGUCACCUCUUUUGACUUGUGUUUCCACAGCCUGCCUCCUUCUUUCUACAUUCCCCAGGCUGACUCAUUUCUGCAUUUUCCUAGAACAAUGGAAGGAGGCUUGGGCUGGCAGUCUGGGAGACUUGGUAGAGUUCUAGCUCCAGCUCUGACAGCAUCAUCUUGGGCAAAUCUCGAUAGGCUCCACCAUCAGAUGAGAGGGUUGUACCUAUAAGAUCCAGCUCCAUGUUCUAAAGCCUUCCCAGUGCUCUGAUGUUCCAUGGUCAAAGGGCCCUCCCAGUGCUCACCUUCUAUGUUCCAAGAUCCCUUUUAGCUCUGACAUUCUAAAGUCUCUCCCAGCUCUGGUGUUUUUUUGUUCAAAAGUUUUUCCCAGUUUGAUGUCCUGCGGUCUCAGGUUCUAGGCAUGGUAUGCAUGAAAAAGAAUCCAGACGGAGAACUGGAAUGUCAUCACUACAGGUCUUCAAACAGGCUAGAGGAUUAUUUGUCAAGGAUAUUGGAGAAGGGACAAAAUUGCCUCAGAAGUCCUUUCCAGCUGAGAUUCUCUGAUCCCUUCCUGGGAGGAAAACAGUCCCAGGUAAUAGUCAAUAAACAUUUUCUGAUAAUGA